GGCUGACCGCCGUGUGUACCGCCUCUCCCGCCACUGCCUCCUGCGCUGCGGUCUCUGCGGCUCUCCGCCAGUAGAACGGCCCGAGGCGGCCCCGGGCCGGGCGGGGGCCCGGUUCCGGCCACUCUGCAGCAUGGAGAUAAUCAGGAGCAAUUUUAAGAGUAAUCUUCACAAAGUGUACCAGGCCAUAGAGGAGGCUGACUUCUUCGCCAUCGAUGGGGAGUUUUCAGGAAUCAGUGAUGGACCCUCAGUCACUGCAUUAACAAAUGGUUUUGACACACCAGAAGAGAGGUAUCAGAAGCUUAAAAAGCAUUCCAUGGACUUUUUGCUGUUUCAGUUUGGCCUUUGCACUUUUAAGUAUGACCACACAGAUUCAAAGUAUAUAACGAAGUCAUUUAACUUCUAUGUUUUCCCCAAGCCCUUCAGUAGAUCCUCACCAGAUGUCAAGUUUGUUUGUCAGAGCUCCAGCAUUGACUUUCUAGCGAGCCAAGGAUUUGACUUUAAUAAAGUUUUUCGUGAUGGAAUUCCAUAUUUGAAUCAGGAAGAAGAAAGGCAGCUGAGAGAGCAACAUGAUGAAAAACGUUCUCAGGCCAAUGGGGCAGGAGUGCUGGCAUAUUCCUCUCCUAAUACUUCUAAAUGUCCUGUGACAAUUCCUGAGGAUCAGAAGAAGUUCAUUGACCAAGUGAUAAAGAAAAUAGAAGAUUUAUUACAAAGUGAAGAGAAAAAGAACUUGGACUUAGAACCCUGCACUGGGUUCCAAAGAAAAUUAAUUUAUCAGACUUUGAGCUGGAAGUAUCCCAAAGGCAUUCAUGUUGAGACUUUAGAGACUGAAAAGAAGGAGAGAUACAUAGUCAUCAGCAAAGUUGAUGAAGAGGAGCGCAAAAGAAGAGAGCAGCAGAAGCAUGCGAAAGAGCAGGAGGAGCUGAAUGAUGCUGUGGGAUUUUCAAGAGUCAUCCAUGCCAUUUCUAAUUCGGGCAAGCUUGUUAUCGGACACAAUAUGCUCUUGGAUGUCAUGCAUACAGUCCAUCAGUUCUACUGCCCUCUGCCUGUGGAUUUGAACGAGUUUAAGGAGGUGACAACAUGCGUCUUCCCCAGGCUCUUGGAUACUAAAUUGAUGGCCAGCACACAACCUUUUAAGGAUAUCAUUAACAACACAUCCCUUGCGGAAUUGGAAAAGCGGCUAAAAGAGACACCUUUCAGUACCCCUAAUGUUGAAAGUGCAGAAGGCUUUCCAAGUUACGACACUUCUUCGGAACAGCUGCACGAGGCUGGCUAUGAUGCGUACAUCACAGGCCUGUGCUUCAUCUCCAUGGCAGACUAUCUAGGUUCUUGUCUUAGUCCUCCGAAACCCUGUGUGUCUGCCAGAUCACAACUCAUUGAACCCUUUUUUAACAAGUUAUUUCUUAUGAGGGUGAUGGAUAUUCCCUAUCUGAAUUUGGAAGGACCAGACUUGCAACCCAAGCGCGAUCAUGUUCUGCACGUGACGUUCCCCAGGGAAUGGAGAACCAGCGACCUUUACCAGCUUUUCAGUGCCUUUGGUAAUAUUCAGAUAUCUUGGAUUGAUGACACAUCAGCCUUUGUGUCUCUCAGCCAGCCUGAGCAAGUGCAAAUUGCUGUCAAUACCAGCAAAUAUGCAGAAAGCUAUCGGAUCCAGACCUAUGCUGAGUAUGUGGGGAAGAAGCAAGAAGAGAGGCAGAUCAAGAGGAAGUGGACCGAAGACAGCUGGAAGGAGGUGGAGAGAAAACGGCCCAACAUGCAGGUCCUGUCCCAGGCACUGAGGAACCACUAUUACCACACCGACAGCUUCACAGCCACCAACACAGUGGGAAAGAGAAACCUGAGUCCCAGCCCUGGGGAAGGCAGCUCGGAGGACAGAGCGCCAGGGGACAUUUCCGACCUGGAGCAGACAGAGUCCUGUGCAGAAUCCCUCCCAGAGGGAAGGAGAAAGGCCAAGAAGUUAAAAAGGAUGAAGAAGGACCUUUCCCUGGCAGGAAGCGUCGCAGACAGCCCUGCUGAGCUCUUUGAAGUUCCUGACACAUGGUAACCCAGACAAGUAGGACACACACCUCCGGUUUUGUCGCAGAGAGCCAGCCAGCUGUGUGGAAGCCAUACUGUAUUUCAUCUAAUAAAAUGUGGCGUGGAAGAAGGGUUUGAAACCAAGUGUGCAUCCCAAGAAGAGUGCGUUUUAUCUCUGUGGCUGUGUCUCCUUUUUUCUUUUUAUUCUAACUGUUGACAUAUGUCACAGCUGCAGACUGUUAUGAAUGUGUGUGUUAUUAACCAGUUAAUCGUGUAUUGCUACCAUGAAACCUGUCCCACCUUGAUGAGUGUCUGCGAGCCCACCCCACGGAGGUUAGCUAUGAAGCAUGGAGAACCGGCUGUGAGUGUCCUGGUCACAGCUUUGGCUCGAGCUUUUUCCUGCGUAGGAAAGUGCUCAUUGUCCCCUUUGCUGGGCCUGUGCAGCGCUCAAGGGUCACGGUCACUGUUUCCUGAUGAGAAGGUGUGUGUCUCCUCUUUCCUGUCACCACCGGCAGGAAGUAGCUCUCCACACAGCCUGUGAAGGGGUUGAGCAGUGUCUCGGCUUUGGGCGCAUUUGUUCGGUUGCUGUUCUUCCUGAGACUGGGCAGGGCCUGCGUGAAGAGGUGGUUGUCUGUCCGCACCUGCAGUGCUGUGUUCACAGUGCUGUGAGUCCCCCUGCUUCUCUUUCUGUGUGUGUCUGAGGCAUGUGGCGCGCGCGUGCGUGUGUGUGUGUGUGUGUGUGUGUGUGUGUGUGUGUCUGUGCCUUCACAAUAAACCUGCAACGUACACCAGCCCUAUGUAAACAGAUCCCAGCAGCAGCAAAAUAUCGCAGGUCUCCUUUAAGCAGGUCCACAUGACAGAUCAUUGUUGGAUAUUUAACAUUUUUGUAUUGUGACAAAAAAAAAAGAAAAUGUAUUUCCAAAAGAUGAAAUUAAAGAAAUUUUCAUAGAA